GCAUCAGCUCCUCUGACUCUACACACUUCAUCUGCAUUCACACAUUUAACAGAUACACAGUCUGGACCUAAUAGCACUCAGAGAUACCACGUUUAUCUUUCACAUAUUCCGUCGGCGAUUCAACUCGCGAUUCGCGUUAUUUUGUCACGGUUCCAUUGCGUUGCAGUAACGGCUCGUAGACGCUAAAGCAAACUCGAUCUGCUAGGUGUCAUAGCGACGAAAGGCAGUAAAUAAGGGGACACGUCCAUCUGCGUGAAGAGAGAGGAAGAUGGUGAUCAUGGCGUCUCUUCAUCUAUCCUCUCAAUGCCUUAAUGCGAUGGCCGUACCCACGGUCACAGUCAAGCUAUUUCUAUGGGCUUUUCUAAUAGCACAUCUUCCAUUAAGCUCUGUCCAGUUGGAAAGUGAUGAUGAUGAAGUGACCAACAAAACAUGGGUCCUGACCCCCAAAGUUCACGAGAGUGAUGUUACACAUAUUUUGAACAGCUUACUAGAUGGCUAUGACAACAAGCUGCGGCCAGAUAUAGGAGUCAAACCAACUGUAAUUAAGACAGACAUGUUUGUCAACAGUAUUGGGCCGGUCAAUGCCAUCAAUAUGGAGUACACCAUUGACAUCUUCUUCGCACAGACAUGGUAUGACAGGCGUUUAAAGUUCAACAGCACCAUGAAGGUUUUACGUCUCAACAGUAACAUGGUUGGCAAAAUCUGGAUCCCUGACACAUUCUUCCGGAACUCCAAGAAGGCAGAUGCCCAUUGGAUCACCACACCGAAUCGGAUGCUUCGGAUAUGGAAUGAUGGGCGUAUACUGUACACUUUGAGGUUGACUAUUGAUGCAGAGUGCCUGCUGAAACUGAAUAACUUUCCAAUGGAUGAACAUUCCUGUCCCCUGGCGUUUUCAAGCUAUGGCUAUCCCAAGGAGGAGAUCAUAUACAAGUGGACGCGUAGCUCUGUGGAGGUUGGGGAUAUCCGCUCCUGGCGUCUCUACCAGUUUUCCUUCAUUGGCCUGAGAAACACCUCAACCAAUGUCACUACUGUGUCAGGUGAAUAUGUGGUGCUGACCGUCUACUUUGACUUGAGCAGAAGGAUGGGUUAUUUCACCAUUCAGACAUAUAUCCCCUGUACCUUGAUUGUUGUCCUGUCCUGGGUCUCUUUCUGGAUCAAUAAGGAUGCAGUGCCAGCAAGAACCUCCUUGGGCAUCACAACCGUGCUUACCAUGACAACACUGAGUACCAUUGCUAGGAAGUCCUUGCCCAAAGUGUCCUACGUCACGGCUAUGGACCUCUUUGUAUCAGUAUGCUUCAUCUUUGUUUUUGCCGCUCUCAUUGAAUAUGGAACGCUCCACUACUUUGUAAGCAACCGCAAACCCAGCAAAAACAAAGACAAGAAGAAGAAAAAUCCUCUCCUCCGGCUCUUUUCUUCCAAGCAGGCCCCCACUGUAGACAUACGCCCGCGUUCGGCCACCGCCAUCCAGAUGAACAACGCCACCCACAUGCAGGAGCGAGAUGAAGAGUAUGGGUACGAGUGUCUGGACGGGAAGGACUGCUCCAGCUUCUUCUGCUGCUUCGAGGACUGUCGCUCAGGAGCGUGGCGGCACGGUCGUUUACACAUCCGUGUGGCGAAGAUAGACUCUUAUGCUCGCAUAUUCUUCCCUACCGCAUUUGGUCUAUUCAACCUAGUUUAUUGGGUUUCCUAUCUCUAUCUUAAAUCCACUGCUAAAACCUAGAUUUGUUAGGCUGACCUUAUUUUAUUUUAAAUAAUUCAUGCAAGACCAUUUCUUGGAAAACGUGAACCGACCCAAAAAAUUGAAGUUUUUUUGUGUUUUAAUUUUUUUAGUUUUCGUAGUUUUUUUAUGUGGGUGUGUCUUUGUUUUUUUUUUGUGCGUGUUUACGUAAUUAUUUGAGUUGUAAGUUGGUUCGUCUAUGUUUACAUUUUUUCUAGAGAGUAUAUCUUGUGCACAAAGCAAAAGUUGUAGCAAAGAAAAGAAAAACAAAACAAUGGGGCACAGAACGGGAACCUGCAAUUUGUGAUAUCACACCUGGAAUAUCCAGAACCGGAAUGGGACAAGAGCAGAAAAUUGGAGGUACUGCAUGCCUAUGUGUUCCAUUAGUCCCUAAAAAGCGAGAAAUGCAGAAACAUAUUGAGAAUUUGGGAGAUUGCAUCCAAACGCAUUGACUGUCAGGCCUACAGUAUAUGGGUUUAACUAAAUCCAUCAAAUACUAAAAAACAGUACUAGUCCUAGUAUUAUUUUUGCAUUCUAAUGAUCAAAUGUAAUAUUUUAAGUGUUUGAAUUUUCUACACCAUUUAAUUACCCUGCGUUUUUUCAUGUGUGGUCAUCUGUACAAACGUUGUAAAUACUGUACAAUGGAGUGACAUACAUCAUACUGCAUGCACCUUUAAGGCCAAAAAGAAGCAAAUAUUUAAAGUAUUCUAUUGUCAUCAAUUGAUCAAAUUAAAAAAAUGUUCAGGAAACCUCAAGUUGAACAGUUCAAUCUACAUUUUGUCAUUAAAAAACAUAUAUAGAUAACGGUCAUUUAUAGAUGGACAACAGUGUUGUUACAUGUUAAAAUACUCUAGGAUUGUUUCCGCAUUCUGGACUUAUUCGUAUGAGACUCUUUUCCAUACUUCGAUAGGUUUGCUGUACAUACCCACAGAACAAUGAAUAACCAGCCUAAGAUAAUAACACAGCUGAAGAACAUCAUCAUAAUCAAUAUUUUUGCAGGGGUGUUCAGUAAUAUUAUCUAUACAUCUACAAAUACAUACUGUAUUUUAACUUCAGAAGCAAACUGUGUAACAUUUCUUAAACUUUUUUUAUUUGUAAUGCAGAUUGGCAAUUUGUAUAGUCAAAUUAGUUGUAAGAUUUAACACAGUUGUGCCUCUCGAGUAAAUGUAUUUUAGGAUGUUUACUGGACAACAUGCAAAAAAUAUAAGAUCUUUUGUGCAGUAGCUUUAUCAAUUUUCUGAUUCUUUCUUACACGCAUAUCAAGUAGUGCUAUCAAGAAAAAACGGUCCAUAUUUCUUCUGACAGCACGGUUUUCUCCGAAAAUAUAUGUAAAACCAUCAUUGUGGGUUUUCCAAAAGCAUGCAUCACAGUUACCAUAGCUUUAUUUAUUUAUUUGUUUGAAUAUUUAUUUAUUUAUUUAUUUAUUUGCAAUUAUUAACUUUGCUUUAUACAUUAAAUGAAAAUCAGAUGAGAAAAAAAAUAUUUCAGUGGUAGAAUAUAUAGAUUAAGGUUAUGUGUGUGCUAUUCAACUGGUUUUGUCAAAGUCAACAAAAGUACAUCCAUGCAUGUAUUUGGUAUUAUAUUUAGAACAUGAGCAUUGCUGCCUACAUACAGUACAUGCAAUCAAACUAAUUACAAACCAUUAUGAAAUAAUGCAAACAUAUGCAAACACAAACUACUUUCAUUUUUAAAGAAUCAUCAGAAAUCUCAUUCCAGGUUGUUAAGUAUGAUUUUGAGAAUGGAGAUGUUGUGCACAUAUGAAUCAGCAUUACUGCAGAAAGACAAAUAAAACAAAUACCCAAACAUAUGUAAUUUAUCACACAAAAAAAAAACACACACAAAAUACAGCACUGUGGGCAAAAAGCUCAAGUUUGCCAAAUGUGUUAGAAUACAAGCAGGUGUUCAUUUAGUUUCAUUUGGUGCUUUUUCACUAAAUGUUUUCUUUUUGACAAUUUUACCCAACUUCCUGGACAAGGUAAUGCUUUGGUUUGAAAAAAAAAACCGAAUUGUUUCUUGUAUAACCUGUGGCAUAAUGUGACCAUACAGUCUUAAUUCUAAAACUUAUGCAUUAACCUUCCAGCUAAACAAACUGCCAUACAGUGCAGUAUGGUUUUGCAUUUUGUGGAUAUGUAUGCAUCUUGGUUUGUUUGCUUCAUAUGCGUGAGCAUGGUUAAUUUUUGAUUAGUUUGUACAUGUUAAAUCGAGGUGUCAUUUAGUCUCUUGAAAAUGUUCUCCUCAAAAAUAUCAACACCACCAUCCUUCCUCCAUUUGCUGGUAAUGAGCCACCCACAGACUCAUAUCACAGCUCUAAUCGUAUUCCGCAUCAUAUAUUUAGAGCACAGCUCAAUUUGUUUCUCCUUCAAGUCAGACAAUUCUUCUUCUUCAAGUCAGGCUUUACCUCAAAUCAACAGACUUCAAACAUAAACCUAUCACCAAGAAAUGUCAUGUUUUAAAGGUAUUAUUCAUGGUUGAAUGACAUGGUAGGUGUAGUGUUAGAGUUUUUACUGAUUUUAUUUCUCAGUUUGACUGGGAAAAGGAACAGUGUGAAUGAAUUCAUAAUUUUGUGCCAAACUGUUAACCAUAUUGUAUUCGAUAGUGGUAUACAUCUAAUUAUUAUAAGGUUGUAGAAAAGGAAGCGCACUCGCACAGCUACAAGUCCCAACUCAAUUUAAAACACUUUCAUUGAAUUCAGGUGUUACGUUUAUGCAACCUGUUUUUCCCCAUUUAUCAUGCACAUCAGUAUUUAUUGAAUUCUUAAACCAAUUCACUCUUUUUAUUUUUAAGACCCCAAGUAUCAUACUUUGAUUAAAAGUUCAUGAAUUCAUUUGUGACAAUGUGACAUUGGUUGUGUUAUACAUUUUUCCUUUAUCGUUAUAAAAAGGUUUUAUUGUAAUUUUGAUACAGUAUUUACUGGCUCUACGUUAGAUGUUGUUUACCAUUGUGUUUUAAAGAGCCCAUCAAACGUGUUGACACUGGAAUAUUGUUCCUUUACACACAUUUACAUUAAUGAAUAAAAUCUUUUUUUUACACAAAACAGUAACAUGGCAAAAUGGCAGUAAGUUAUUGAAUAAUUCAGUAAAAUGAGAUAACUUGUUACUGUUUUGCAUAAGUUUAUUGCAACAAGGAGAGUCGAAAUUCACCAUGAAAUUAAAGAAUGUUGACAAAUCCAGAUUGUAGUUCAGGCCAUUGUCUGCAAGUCUAGAGUUUGAUGGUAAAGUUUUAUGACCAAGUUAUUUUAUUUAAUUAUUUAUUAAAUCGUUAAAUACCUACUAAAGAUGAACAACACCAAAAAAAUGUUUUGGGAGUUUAAAAAAAUAAAAGGUUUUUGUAGUCUAUGUUACUGUAAUGUGUUUAUGGAAUCGUUUUCUGUUGCUUUCUGACAUUGGCAUCAUAUUUUUGGUCAAACAACAUACAGUAUAUCGACAUUGUGAACUACCAAACCUGUAAAAAAUGUGCUGAGCAUUCACUUUGAUUAACACACUAAUAUACAGAGUAGAAUGGUUGCAUUUUAAUUGCUUAACUCUGUAGUCUGGGUUUGCACAAAAUCGUAUGGAUAAAAUCCUAUUGUAUAGCUGUUAGCUGCCCCUGGAGCCAACUUCUGACUGCACAAAUAUGGUCGUUUGAGUAUAAAUGGUAAAUCUCGUGAACCUGAAUUGUUUUCAGUAACAAAUACGACAUUUGUGAAGAGAACAUGUAAAAAUCUAUUUCUACAUAUUUUAUUGCUAGUCUGGGAAACAAAAUCAUUUGCCAUGCUUUUAUGACAGUAUGCUCAAGCUGCAAAACAAAAUGAUUCAAAACAAGUUGUUAGCUUUUCGCCAUGUCUAUAUAUUUAUUGAGUAGUGUACAGAAAGGACACUGAUGAUUUCAUGUUAGGAUUUGCAUAUAUGUACUGAAAAUCCUUUCAAUAACGGAAAUGCACAGAGCUGUGGAUAUUUUCAAUAAAAGAUUGC